AUGAAAACUACUUCGUUCGUCGUAGGUAUAUUGUCAUAAGAACCAUUAUAUACAUAUAAGUAUUGAUGUAAACUAUUAUUUUGAUAUUAGUAGCGGUAUUAACUAUUUUGGGUGGUGAUACUACGAUACUAUUAUCCAAUUAAUUUAUUAUUAUUUUAUUAUUUUUCAUUGCGUAUGAAAUUUAAUGCAUGUCAGGUCGGUCUAGUGGUAGUUAUAGUAGUUCCGAGAAUUCUGAUUUAGAUGAAAACUACGUCCCAUUGCGACCGAUUAAUAAAAAUCUAUUAGGAUCGUUUAGACCUGUUACUAGAUCACGGAGUAAUCUUCAAAAACAAACCUUAAUAAAAGAUCGUAAGCAAUCGAAAAGUUUUAAUUCAAAAAUAUUAUUAGAAUAA